AUGACAGCACAAUUCAUUGCAAUGGAGUUGCUGGGUGGCUUUGGCAAGCCUGACCUGCUCUCACUGGGUUCUGAGGGGAUCCACACUGAGCAGGUGUACCUGGCAGAAGCGAAGACCAUCGAGGCCUCUGAGCUGCUGGAGAUGGUGGUGGAGACUGAGGCCGGAGCCGGGGCCAGGGGGCUGAGCGUGGCCGGUGGAGGGAAGGAAGGCCUUUUUGUGAAGGACGUGCUCAAGGACUCCCCGGCUGCGCGAGUGCUGAGCCUCCAGGAAGGCGAUCAGCUCCUGAGCGCCAGAGUUUACUUUGACAACAUAAAGUAUGAAGACGCCCUGCAGAUCCUCAAGUGUGCUGAACCGUACAAAAUCUCCUUCUGCCUGAAGCGGGUGGUUCCCAGCGCAGACAUCUCCCGCAAGCCUGGAGCCACCGUCUUUGAAGUGAGAGGCCCCAAAGCCAAGAUGGCCAAGCUGAACAUCAAGAGUCUCUCCUCCCUGAAAAGGAGGAAGAAGAAGAGGAGGAGGAGGAUGGUGUCACAGAGCCUGCAGGAGACGGAGGCACACCUGGCAGUUGGGAAGCCCGAGGGGCCUCCGGUUGAUGUGGAAUUCUCCUUCCCCAAGUUCUCCAAGCUGCGCAAGGCCAGGAGUGCUGGAGAGGUGGCCGUGGCUGAACCGGGCCCAGACAGUGCGUGGAAGUUGUCCUCCCUAGAGACAAAACAACACCGACUGAGGUUCCCCCGCCUAAGGGUCAAGGAAGCGGCUGCAGCCGAGGCCCGCCUUGCCAUGGGCCUGCCCCACGUUGGACUGGAAUUGAAGAAGGCAGGCAGGGGAGGAGGAGGCGAGGGGAAGAUGUUCCGAUUCACCAUCCCCUUUUCCAAAACAAAGAAGCCCAAGGAAGAAGCCAGGUCAAAAAUGGAAGUGGGAUUCCAAGCUCCACAAGUUGAAUUUGCUCUGCCUAAAAUGGGGGCUGAGGAGGAGUCGCUCGAGGCCGGCCCCAAAGGCGAGAGCCUCGCGGUCUCGGAGUCUCGGUUCGGGUGGCCCAAAGUGGAGGCUGCCUUGCCCAAAGGAAGUGCCAAUGCGCUGGAGACCCACCCAGGCCUCCUCCAAGCCGGGCUGAAGCUCCCUGCAGCUGAAGUGGCAGCUCCCAAGGUGGACGUAGACUUGGCCCUGCCCAGGUUGGAGCGUGCUGCCCCAGAGGCUGCCCCUAAAAGAGAGGGGUUCAGGAUCAAAGUCCCCAAGUUUGGGAUCUCUGCUGAGGAAGCGGAACUGAAGCUGCCCUCGGUGAAGGUUCCUGACCUGGAAAUGGCCCUGGGAGAAAGUCGGGAAAAGGUUUUGCAGGAGCAGCCGAGACCAGGAGGGGCAGCGCCUUCUCUGGGCAUGGUGGCUCCUGGGGUGCCUCUAGAGCUCCCCUUCCCCAAGGGGAAGACAGGUGCAGAAAGCCCUGAGAUCUCGGGGAGGCUCCCCUUGGUCAACCUACCCCAGCUGGGCUCCAAGGCCCAAGAAGGAGCAGGCAAGCUGCCCCAGGUGGAAAUCAGCGUGGGGAAACCAGAGAGCCCCACGGCAGACAAGACGAAGGGCUCCGUAAUUCAGCUGCCUGCCCUGGAGAUUUCCCUGGGGGAGCAGCCUUUGCAGGGCCAGGAGGCAGCUGCAGCGGCAGGUGAUGCUCAGGUGAGGCUCCCUGAGGUGAGGGUGCUGUCUCUUGACAUCUCUGCUCCCAAAGUCCAGGAUAUGCACCUGUGCAAGGCAAUGGGGGAACCAGCUGCCCCUUCUGGAAAGGCAAAACCCAAAGAGGCUGCUGAAGGGGCUGGAUUUAAGUUUCAAAUGCCUCAAAUAUCCCUCCCAAAAUUUGAUUUCCCUGUCAAGGCAGCCCCCUCCCCUCCUCCAGUCCAGGUCAAAAUGCCAAAACCGGAAGGAGACCUGGGAACAAAAGUCAGCCUCCCAAAGGUGGAUGUUUCCUUGCCGGCAAUGAAGAUGCCAGGUGUGCAACUUCCUAAGGUGCCAAAGCCAGAGGUGGGCAUCUGUGCUGUUGAGAAGCCAAAGGUUGAGGUGACCGUUCCUCCAGCCCCACUGAGUGCUGCAUCUGUAACUCUGCCUGAGCUGGACAUUGAGCUGCCGAGAGUUGGGGUGGAGCUGGAUUUGGCGCAGCGUGAAAGAGAAGUUUCUGAGCAGGGACCUAAAGCCCAGGAGGUCACCCUAGAGACCCUGAGCAAAGAACUGGAGGUAGAAAUCAGCCUUCCAAAGUGUGGGGUCAGCAGGCCUGAGCUGGGGCCAGGGAUGAAGAGCAUCGAAGGGCCGUCCCUCGCUGGGAUGGUAGCCCAAUUCCCUAAGGUGGGCCUUGCCUUUGAGGAGCAGCCAGAGGACGUUGAAGGGCCAAAGGCUGACCUAGAAGGAGCCAAGGUGAAGCUGCCAACUGUGGAGAUCUCAUCAAUACGUCUCCCAGAGGCGACGGCCGAGGGUCAGGCCAAGGCAAAACUAUCCCGAUUUGCCCUGUCCAAAUUCAGCAUUUCUGGCCCCAAAGUCUGGAGCAAAACAAGCCCGGAAGUUGCGGUGUCUGGAGUGGAGGGCACAGAAGCUGCCAACCUGGGUUCAAAGCUGAAAUUGCCAAAGUUUGGGAUCUCUUUCCCCAAAUCAAAAUGGGCAGCAGAGGCAGAAGAUGCCAAAUUAGCCCUCAAGGUUGAAAGGGCUACGGAGAGCAGAAUGAAGUUGCCCACGGUGGAGGUGGAUAUUGGCCACCCCCAAGGCACGGAAGGAUGGUCUGAGGGAGAUGGGGAGGGAACCUCUCCUGAACUCCUCGGGGUCAAGUUUAAAGGGCCCAAACUCUCACUUCUGAGCUUCGGGGGCAAAGGCAAGGAGGAAGAGUGGGGUGCCCUAGAGAGUGGGGAGGUAAAGCUGCAAGGCAGCAAGGAGGGCUCGACAGGGCAGCCGGACCCCAGGAUGCUGGAGAAGGACGCCAAGGCUGCUUCCAAGUUCAGGGUAGUUUCUUUGGGACUCGUGAGAAGAGAAGUAGAGGCCAAAGCCAAGAAGAUCCCUGGGAGUCCGAAGGAGAAGCCCAGAGGCCCAUUUGGGAAGAUGCCCCAGCUGAAGCUUCCUUCUCUGACGGCCCAAGGAGAGAGAAAGAAAUUCCACCUUUCAGCUCCAGAACUAGAUGGGAAAGUCCUCCCCCAGAUAGAGUUGCCAAAGCUUGCCCCCAGAGCCAAGGCAGGUUUGAUCCCAGAGCCGGAGAGUCCUGGUUUCAAGGUUCAGGUGCCGUCAGUGGAGAUUGCUGUGCCUACUUCUAAAGCUGAAGGAGCGGCAACUGUGGAGAAACCGGCAGGAGGUGCAGCCAAGGCUAAGAUCCAGCAGCAGGAGGGAGAACUCAAGAUGCCCAGAGCGCCUUCCAUCCAGGUGUCUGCUCCCACACUAGAGCUGGGCAUUGGUUUGUCCAUAGCUGGUAAAGAAGAAGGCAUUCUCCAGGCAGCCCCUGACGCAGGGGCCAAGAUCAAGCUGCCAAAGGUGGAGCUGGCGAAACUUGGGAAGGGCGAGGAGGGCGGGACAGAGGCGGCCAUGCAGCUGCUGGGGAAGGAUGGGGAGAAAGACCUAGAAGGGGUGGCUGAAGCCUCUGCCCUGGGCACCAAGGUACGGCUGCCCAAAGUGGACAUCUCCUUUCCCAAGGCCUGGCUGCCGGAGGUGGAGCUGCCUCCAGCCAAGGUGGAUCUUGCCCCGGAAGGGCCAGAAGCAAAGUUCAAGAUGCCUCCAAUGGGGCUGCCAAAGCUCAGCGCCCCAAAAGUGAAGGCUCCGGAGCUAGAGCUUGAUGUGGGUUUGGACGGGGGAGGGAUGACGCCCAAGGUCACAGUAGGCGCUCCUUCAGUAAAGUGGCCCACAUUUGGGGCCUCAGGCUCAGUGGGAGAAGGGCAGGGCAAGGAGGAUUUGCCCUGGGUCCCCCAAGUGGAGUUGAAGCCUCCCAAAAUCAGGGGAAGCACGGACGCCCUGGGCUCUGAAACAGGGGUGAAAGAGGGCCGACUGAAGGUGCCCACUCUGCCUCUUGGCCUUGGCAAACUGGAAACAGAAACUGGGACGGGAACCGAGGAGAGCAGAUUCAGGCUGAAGCUCCCGUCCCUUGGCGUCUCCAAGCCAGAGGCUGAGUUGAGCCUGGAUACCCAGCCCCUCUGCCCCCCUGCCGAGGAGGCAGCGCCUGCCUUCAGGAUGCCCCAGAUUGCUUUGCCCGAUGUCAGCUUCUCUGGGGAUCAGGAGAGGGGAGAGGAGGCCAAGGUGGCAGGGGCAACAAACCUGGAGGGGGGGCUGGAGAUGCUGAAGAUGCCCAAAAUAGCUAUCACUGCAUGUGGGGUAGUAGGCACCAAAGAGGGCACAGAGAGGGCCACUUCUCCAAGCCAGAGGGGUGCGGGUGGGGGAGAGCUGGAGGGGAAGAAAUUGGUUUUUAAGGUCCCUGGCUUGGAAAUUUCUGCUCCAAAUCUCAAAACCCAUGCUGAAUAUGAGGUGGGGGCCCCCCACACCCAGCAGAGGGGAUCCCUGGAUCUGGAAGUGGCAGGCAGGGAGGGCUGGAAGCAGGCAGACCGCCAUUCAGAUGCAGGGAAGCGACUCAGGGUGAGGAUCCCCAAGUUUGGCCUCUUCCUGCCCAGGGCAGGGCUGGAGGCUCCUGAGGGCCUUGUGGGGCAGGAGAUGGAAGCCCAGGAGGGCCUCUUGGCCCUGGGGAGGCCUGGGGAGAAGGAGGGGUCUGGUGGGCUCCUGGCGAGAGAAGAGGGCAGCCAGGCCAAGGCGGUCAAACUCAAGCUGAGGGCCCCCUUCGGGCUGUCCCUCUCCAGGCCCAAGGAGGCCACUGAACUCAGCGGGGGAGCUGAGGCGGUUUCCUCCAAGGUGAAGGUGCCCAAGCUGGGCUUUUCCAAGGCCGAGGGAGCCACCCAGCUGCAGGGAGAGAGGGCAGAGGGGCUGCUGCAGGGUGGGGCGAGCAAGUUGGGGAAGAUCCCACUGCCCCAGGUGGAGCUCCUGUCUCCCUCUAAGGGGGCCGAGAGUGACCCAGAGCUGAGCCUCAAACUGGUGAAAGCAGAGGAGGCCAAGGAGGAAGGUCACGGCGGGGUCGCCAUUUCCGCUGCCCUCAAGGCUGCCAAAUUCAAGCCCCCCAGGAUCGCGCUCCCUGGCUUCAAGAAGCGCAAUGGGGAGUCGGCCCCCGAGGCCGGAACUGCACCCAGGCCCCAAACGGAGACGACCGUCACAGGGGAGCCAUCCAGCAAGUUCAGCUUUCCAAAACUGGCAUUAAGCUCCAGAUCCCAAGAGGUGCUGGAGAUCUCCAGGCACCAGUAG